AUGGAAGGAGGUUCUGAGUUUAAACUCUAUAGCGAGGAUGACUCUCUGAAUCAGUCUCAGCCCGGCAAUAACAUCUUCGAGGAUGACGCUGUUUUCAUGGUCAACAUGUUUCUGGGAGGAGGAGGCGGUAUGGAUGGAGAGACUGGAGCGGGUGCUGAGGCUGCUGGUUUGGAUGCUGGGAUGUUUGGUUUGGCCGAGCCUCUCCUUCCAGGGUUUUCAGGGUUGGAACCAAUGGAAGGGGUCACGUUCAGGUUGGACGGGCAGGGGGUUAUGGAUCCAGGAACGAACCAGGUUCCUUCGUUUGACUCUCAUGGUAGUGGCCAACUACAGUUUUCAGCAUUUUAUGAGAAACCGAUACAUUCUAUAACGGGAGCCGGCGAGACAUGGGAACAGAAUGUAGGUUUAAGGGGUCACGUGGAACGGAGGGAAGGUGGAAGGGAUGCGAUGGAGGAGACACGGCAGCAUUAUGGGCAGCAGAAGCGAGAGCAAGAAGAACGGGAGCAACAAAGGAAGCUGGAACAGGAGAGGGAGUUGGAGAAGCAGAGGGAGUUGGAGAAUCAGAAGCAGCAGAGGAAGUUGGAGCAGCAGAGGGAGCUGGAGAAACAGAGGCAACUGGAGCUUGAGAAACAGGAGAAGCAGAGGAAGUUGGAUGAGCAGAGGGAGCUUGAGAAACAGAGGCAGCGGGAGUUGGAGAAACAGCGGCUGGAGAGACAGGAGCAGCAGAGGGAGCUAGAGAGACAAAGGCUGAAGGAUUUGGAGACACAGCGGCAAUUGGAACUGGAGAAAAGGCAGCUGCAGAGGAAGCUGGAGCAGCAGAGGGAGCUGGAGCGGCAGAGGGUGUUGGUGGAAGAGAGGCAGAAGGAGUUGGAGAAUCAGAGGCAGAAGGAGUUGGAGAAACAGAGGCAGUUGGAGUUGGAGAAACAGGAGCAGCAAAGGAAGCUGGAGCAGCAGAGGGACAUGGAGCAACAGAGGGUGUUGGAGGAACAGCGGCAGAGGGAGUUGGAGAAACAGCGGCAGAGGGAGUUGGAGAAACAAGAGCAGCAGAGGAAGCUGGAGCAGCAAAGGGUGUUGGAGGAACAGAGGCAAAGGGAGUUGGAGAAACAGCGGCAAUUGGAGAUUGAGAAACAGGAGCAGCAGAGGAAACUGGAGCAGCAGCGAGUGUUGGAGGAACAGAGGCGAAGGGAGUUGGAAAAACAGGAGCAGGAGAGGAAGCUGGAGCAGCAGAGGGAGCUGGAGAAGCGGAGGCAGAGGGAGUUAGAGAAACAACGGCAAAUGGAGCUGGGGAAGCAGGAACAGAUGAGAAAGCUGGAGCAGCAGAGGGAGCUAGAGAAACAGAGGCAGAGGGAGCUGGAGAGACAGCAGCAACUGGAGCUGGAGAAACAGGAGCAAGAGAGGAAGCUGGAGCAGCAAAUGCAGUUGGAGAAACAGAGGCUGCGGGAGUUGGAGCAGCAGAGGGAGCUAGAGAAACAAAGGCAGAGGGAAUUGGAGAGACAGCAGCAAUUGGAGCUGGAGAUACAGGAGCAGGAGAGGAAGCUGGAGCAGCAAAAGCAGUUGGAGGAACAGAGGCAGAGGGAGAUGGAGCAGCAGAGAGAGCUAGAGAAACAAAGGCAGAAGGAGUUGGAGAAACAGCAGCAUUUGGAACUGGAAAAACAGGAACAGCGGCGAAAGCAGGAGCAACAGAUGGAGCUUGAGAAACAGGAGGAGCAGAGGGAUUCAGAAAAUCAAAGUAAAGAGGUGCUUGAGGUGAGAGCGGAAGAGGGGUUUGAUAAAGCGGUGAGAGAAGAGAAAGCUACUGACUUGGGAAGGGAGGAGUAUGGUGGGGAUGAGGAGGAGUGCCCUGACGAGAGCAGUGAGCAUGGGGAGGGUAAGGCGAAGAUGAAGCUUCUGACUGCUCUUGACAAGGAACAACCGGUGCCACUGUCUCGGCAGGAAGAAACGGAGGAAGCAAACGCGAAGGGAGCUGGGAAGGGGUUUACGCAUGAGGAGAAGAAGGUUGGGGUUAUGUCUGGUACACUGCAGCGUCCAGAGGAGGAGGAACAGGUGGAAGAAGAGGAAGAGGAGGAGGAAGAGGAGGAAGAAGAGGAGGAAGAGGAGGAGGAUGAUAUUGAGGACUGGGUGUGUGGCACGGAAAAUAGGUAUCGGAGAUUGAGUGCAGAUGAGAAGAAGUGGAAGCAGCAGCAGGGUAGGGAUGGCGAGAGUGGGGCAAGGAGGGGCAAGAGAGAGGCGGUUCGGGGCGAGGAAGGAGAGGGGAGGAGGAAGAAGACUAAGAGAAGGAAGCUGGCGGACUGGUUGCCAACGCAGAUAGUGACGGGUGGGGAGCAGGAGAGGGGAAAGGUAGAUGAGGGUGGUAGUGACGCGCGUCAGCCUAGCAACGUGGAAGUGGGAGAGCAGUCUGCUGGUGAGGUGCGUGGAGCACACCAGGGUGAAGCCGCCCUGAGGGACGAAGGACACGAGAUGCACAAACAGGCAGAAGAGGUAGCAGAGAAUGCUGCUGGGGCGUUGGAGUCAGCUGCUGAGGAGCACAAGGUCAGGGAGGUGGGAGAGUUUUCAGAUUCUGCUUUUGCGGCUCCUCUGAAGGAGCAGGGGGGCGCGGUAGAGGAGUGUGCUGCUGAGAAGCACGAGGAGUCACUUUUUGAGGAGCAUAAGGAGGGGCGGAUGGGAACAGUAGAGGCGGAUGCGAUCCAAACUUGUAAGGUGAGGCAAGACAAAGAGCAGGAGCAGAGGACACAAAAAUUCGGGGAGGAAGGGGAGAUGGAAAUUCAUGGCACACCUGCUGCUGGCGCUGCUGCUGCUGCUGCUGGUGCUGCUGCUGCUGGUGCUGCUGCUGCUGCUGCUGCUGGUGCUGCUGCUGGUGCUGCUGCUGCUGCUGCUGGUGCUGCUGCUGAUGCUGCUGCUGCUGGUGGUGCUGCUGCUGGUGCUGCUGCUGCUGCGGAGGCAGACGGUGUUUCUGCAGCACAGUCUGCGGCAGCAGUGGACAAGAAGCGGAAGCACAGUGAAGCGUUUGUGGAGGCUGAUGAAGAAGCUGCUGCUGUUGACAAGUCCUGUAUUGCUCCCGAACUGUCUGCUGCUGUUUAUCCAUCUGCUGCCCCUGAACCCUCUGCUGCCCCUGAACCAUCUACUGCCCCUGAACCCUCUGCUGCCCCGGAGCCAUCUGCUUCCCCUGAGGCAUCUACUGUGCUUGAGAUGUCAUGUGGUGCUGGUGAUCCAUCUGUUGUUCGUGAGGCAUCUUCUCCUUUCGAACCCUCUGCUGCCCCUGAGCCAUCUGCUCCUGAGCCAUGUGCUGAGGACGAGGGCACUGAGGGAAGGGAGGAGAGUGAAAGGGAGGUUGGAGGGAUGGUAGGGAACGACAAGGAGAGGACGAGAGUGGGAGGCAGUGAAGUGAAGGUGAGGGAAGAGGAAAGGAGAGAGGAGGAGAGAAGAGAGGAGGAGAGAAGAGAGGAGGAGAGGGAGGAGGGAAAGGAAGAAGAGGGGAGAGAAGAGAAUGGGAGGGCAGAGGAAGGAAGAGAAUUGGAGGCGAGAACUGAGGAAGGGAGCCAAGAGGAGGGGAGGGAUGAGGAAGGGAGAGAAGAGGAGGGAGGUGAAGAGGAGGGGAGAGACGAGGGAAACGACGAGGAAGUGGGAGAAGAGGAGGAGAGAAGAAAUGAGGAGGUAAGAGAAGUGGAGUGGAGAGAGGAGGGAAGGGAACUGGUGCCGGGGGCGAGAGUGUACAGGAGAAAGGCUAAAGGGGAGAUGGGCAGGCUAGCCGGACGUGCCAGGAGGAGCAGAGAGGCAGACACAACGGGAGAGUGGGAGAGGAGGGAGAGGAGGGAGAGGAGGGUGGAGAUGGUGGGAAAGAGAGACCGUGAGGGGAGGGAGAAUGGACAGGAGAUGAAAGAAUCUGCAGCAGCAGCAGAAGCGCAAGCUCCCCCAGUAGUGGUGAGCACAGUCAAGCCGCCCUCAGCACAGCCUUCACCAGUACUACCUCCCCCUCUGGACGGACCUGCUGGUUUGUCUCUUGUCCUGGCCCUGUCUGCUCUGGAUGUGGUUCUGGGGAAGGGGCGGGCGGGGGGGGCGAGAGAACAGGGGGAGAAAGCCGGGAGGGGCAUUCAGGUGGGGGAUACUGGGCGGAGCGGGAGGAGUAGGAGGGGUGGGAGGAGUGGGAAGAAGGAGAAGGGGAGGAGGCAUGAGCGGGGUGGGGUGAAGGAGCAGGGAGCAAGAAGUGAACGGGCGGCACGGAGUAGGCGUGGAGGGAAAAGGAGGACGAGGGCGCAGGAGGAGGAGGAAGGGGAGGAGGACGACGAGGAGGAGGAAGAGGAGGAGGAGGAGGAGGAGGGGGAUGAGGAGGAGGGGGAUGAGGAGGAAGGGAAUGAGGAGAAGGAGAAGACUGCAGACGGGGAGGGGGGUGAAGUAGAGAAAUGUGCUGAAUCUGAGGGAGGGGGUGAGGUAGAGAAGGGGGUUGCAUCAGAGAAGGGGGUCGAAGCAAAUAAGGAAGGGAUUGAAGAAGAGGAGGAGGGGGGUGAGGCAGGAAAGGAGGCAGAAAAGGCAGAGGAGGAGGCUGUUAGUGACUUGGCUGAAAGGGGUGGGAUGGCCACUGCUAAACUGCCAGGAAACCACAUUACUGACGCUGAAAUGGCUGCUGGAGUUCCAGCGUCUGUGGAUUCUGCAAGGGAUACUGCGGACGAGACCAAGGAAGGAGGGAAAGGCAGCGGUGGUGAGGAGCGAGGGAAGGAGGAACGGGAUGUGGAGGGAGUUGUGGUUAGGGAUGGGAGUGAGGGGUGGGCUGAGGGGCGUGGCGAGGAGGAGGGUCCUAAGGAUGCAGCAGGGGUGGACGAGGUGCAAGAGGAGGGGGUGAAAGAGGUGGUGCCAGAGGAAGGGGUGGAAGAGAAAGAUGUGAAAGAGGAGGAGGUGAAAGAGGAGGAGGUGGAGGAGGAGGAGGUGGAGGAGGAGAAAAAGGAGGUACAAGAGGAGGUGGAAAAGGAGGUGGAGGAGAAACAGGUGCAAGAGGAGGAGGUUGUAGAGGAGGUGAAAGAGGAGCAGGAGGAGGUGCAAGAGUGGGAGCAUGGAAGGAAGAAGAGAAGGAUAAGGCACAGGGGGAGAGGUGUGGAGGAGGAGAGAGGAGAGAAGAAUGAGGCAGAGGAAGAGGAAGUGGGAGAUAAAAGGGAAGAAAGGGACGGGGACGAGGAAGGGAAACAGGAAGGUGAUGUGGAAGAGAAAGCGGAAGAAAAUAGGGAAGGGGAAGAGAAAGAACAAGAGGAAGAGAAAGAGGAAGUUAAAGGGGAAAUGGGAGAGGAAGAGUCGAGGAGGGAAACUGCCAUUGAGGAGACUCGAGUGACCGAGGGAGAUAAGGCAGGAGUGGGCGAAGGGAGAGUUGUCAGUGAGGGCAUGGCUGGGAAGGGAUCGGGUAGUGCAAAGGUGGAUAGUGAGGUGGAUAUGACGGUGGGUGGAAAGGUGGGUGGAGAUGCGGUAGAGGUAGAGGCAGGUUUAGAGGAGACUGGUGAGGAAGCGGAUGUUGUGGGAGUGGGAGCAGACGAAGUGGGAGCAGGGGUGGAGGAGGAGGUUGGGUUGCAAGAUGCAAUAACAGAGGCAGUAGAGUUGGCUGGGGAAGAAACGGCACAAGGGGAAGGUGAGGAAGCGGAUGUUGUGGAAGUGCAGACAGAGGGAGUGGGAGCAGGGGUGGAGGAGGAGGCUGGGUUGCAAGACGCAAGAAGAGAGGCAGUGAAUGUGGCAGGACUGGGAGAGGAAGGAACGGCACAAGGGGCAGGUGAGGAAGCAGAUGUGGUGGAAGUAAAGACAGAGGGGCCGGAAUCUGGGGUGCAGGAACGUGGGCUGUGGGAAUCGAGAAGAGAAGCAGAACCAUCAGGAGAGCCAUCAGCAGGUUCAGGUGAAGAAGAAGCAGCGGGAGGGGCGGGCGAAGGGGAAGCAGCGGGAGGGGCGGGUGAAGAAGAAGCAGCGGGAGGGGCAAGUGAAAGAGAUGCAGCGGGAGGGGCAGAUGAAAUAGAUGGAGCAGGAGAGGCAGAUGAGGAAGCCGACGUGGUGGAGGUGCGUUCGGAGGGAAGAGAGGCAAGAGAGGCGCAAGGUGGGGAGGUGGCCUUGACUGAAGCAGUGAUGGCGGAACAAGGGGCGGGAUCGGGAGAGGCAGAGGUGCAGGAAUUGGGGCUGGAGUCUACAGACGCAAUGAGAGGAGCAGCUGAGUCGGGUGAAGAGGUUGCAGAGGAAGAGAGAUGCGGGGAUGCUGAUGUGGUGGAAGUGCGUUUGAAGGGAAGAGAGGGUGAGGGAGGGGAGGUGGACAUGACUAUGAAGGGGGCAGCUGAGUCGGGUGAAGAGGUUGCAGAGGAAGAGAGAGGCGGGGAUGCUGAUGUGGUGGAAGUGCGUGAAAAAACUGAGAGAGAUGAGGGGAUGGAAUCACAAGAAGCAGAUGGGCAGGAGGUGGAAGCAGGGUCAACAGAAGCAGAGGCUGCAGCAGCAGCAGCAGCAGGAGAGGCAAUAGCAGAAGGGGCAGAAAGAGCAGGCGAUGGGGGUGGGGCAGUAGCAGAGAGAGCGGGGAAGAGGAGGAGAAUUCGGCCCUUGAUGAGGCGAGUACAGUCUGUCACAGAUGCUGCUGCUACAGCAGUGCAGGCAGGGCCUAAGGGUGUGGCUGCUGCUGCUAGGGAUAUGCACGUGGCCCCACAGGCUGUGGGUGCUGCUGAAUCUCAAUCUGAUGGGGGUGAUGGUACUGUGGAUCGUGGUGCUCGUGAUUUGUCCAGUGAUGGUGGGCACGUGGCAAGAGAUUCUUCUCCCCCUCGUCAUGGUCAUAAAGCGCAUGCUUCGACCGAUGAUAUGGAUGGUGAUGGUGGUGAUGGUGGUGAUGGUGGUGCUGGUGGUGCUGGUGGUGCUGGUGGUGCUGGUGGUGCUGGUGGUGCUGGUGGUACUGGUGGUACUGGUGGUACUGGUGGUACUGGUGGUACUGGUGGUACUGGUGGUGCUGGUGGUACUGAACCAAAACCUGAACCAGGCACGCCCAUGCAUCUCUCCCCGAGGCUAAAGCCGCUGCUAUUCUGCCUGGGGAGCUUCGAAGCAGGCGACAUAGUGUGGGCCAAGUCAGGGCGCAAGAAAGACCCCUGGUGGCCGGCCCAGGUGGUAGACCCGAUUUACGAUGCCCCUGCUGCUGUCAGGAGCGCCGCUGAAGCCGACCGGCUGUGUGUCAUGUUCUUUGGGCCAUCGCUUAGCAAAAAACGCGACCGGGACUACUCGUGGGUGCCUGAGGGGAGCAUUGUGCCGUUUUUGGACUUUCUAGUUAAGUAUGAGAAUCAGCCGCUGACUGCAAGGAAUAGGCCGAAGGAGUUUCGGAAGGCUGUGGAGGAGGCAGUGUUGGAGAGUGAAGGAAUGGUGGGGUAUGAGGAGAUGGAGGGAGGCGGGGGAGAGGGAGGAGAAGAGGGAGAGGGAGAGGAAGGGAGAGGUGGGGGGAUGGGGGAUGGUGAGGAGGAUUGGCAGGAGAGGGAUAAGUUUGGCACAAGUGCUGCCGCUGCUGCUGAUGGUGCUGCUGCUGCUGCUGGUGCGGCUACUGCUGCUGUUCCCCUUGCUGGUGCUGCUCCUGGUAGCCGGAAAGGGGGCGGGCGGUCAGGUGGGUUGGUGGGGGCAGCGAAGGGAGGGGCAACCGCAGCUGAGUUAGCAGGUGCAGCAGCAGGAGCGGGAGAGUGCAUGAUGUGUGUGGGAUGCCGGGGCAAAGCAGGUCAGGGUGUCAAGAGAGGUGGUAGGUCUGCCACUGGUGCAGCAGCAGACAGUGCCGCUGCUGACAGCGAUGGGGACAGUGCUCAUGACAGUGCUGGUGCUGCCUGUGCGGGUGCCCAUACCACUGGCACACGUGCUGCUGGUGGCUCUGCUGCUCGUGCCAAUGCUGGUGCGGCAGGUGACACGCUAGAAGAAAGAGCAGGCAGCAGCUACGCCCACAGGCUAGUAGACGAAUUACUGGACUCAGUCCCGCUCUGCAUCCAGUGCCGAAAGCUCUUCCAAUCGCACCAGUUCUGCCCACUCUGCCUUCUCGUGUGGUUACCCAACGAGAAGGGAGAUUUCGCCCACUGUGACUGCUGCCAGCUGUGGGUCCACGCGGAGUGCGACGGGAUCUCUAGGCAGCGGUUGAGUGCGAUUAAGAACGAUGCGGUGUAUUUGUGCCCAAAUUGCCGGCAGGCUAAGGCGGUGGAGGAGAGGGAGAAGAGGGAGAGGAGGGAGAGGAGGGGGAGGGAGAAGAAGGAGAGGGAGCAGAGGGAGGAGAGGGAGAGGAAGGAGCGGGAGGAGAGGGAGAAGAGGGCUAAGGAGGCGGCGCAGGCUGCUGCUCAGGCCACUGCUUCUGCCGCUGCUGCUCGGUUGAAGGAGGAGGGGAGAGAUGGUGAGAGGGAGCCAUGGGGACGGUCUGGGAUGGAGGUGAUAACAGGGAUUGGGAGGGAGUUCAGCCUGGGUGGUGCGCACUUGCGGAUCGACGAGGUGAAACGGGAGGGGUUGCUUGUUUGUCGCCUCGACAGGGAUAGGAGUGGGGAUCGGGAUCAGAAUGGGGAUGAGGAUGAGGAAGAUGAGAAUAGGGAUGAGGGUGAGGGUGGGGGUGGGGAUGGGUCAGAUGAUGGUGGUAGGCAGGGGCAGAAAGGAGGAGGUGGUAGAGGUAGAGUGAAGGAAGAAUGGGAUGAAGAGUCGGUGGAGAAGAAGGGAGACGCGGAUGGGAAUGGAUUCUUGGCCACUAAGGAGGCACCUCACAGAGCUGAUUCCCCACAAUCUGAUUCACCUGAGGAUUCACCUGAAGAUUCACCUGGUACUCCAUCCUCCUCACCUGAGGCAGAAGCGGAAGGGGACAACAAGAUAGCAGCGGCUCCACCCAUACCUGUAGCCCACCCGCCAGUCCCCGUCACAUGCGCGUCCUACAAGGGCGUCUACCUCCCUUCGCGUCACCUCGUGCAGUGCUGCUGCCGCUCCUGCCGACCCAAGGCCAAGGGCGGCAGCAGCAAGAGCAGCGCCGUUAGCACUGCUGCUGCGGCGGCGGCUGGUGGGGGGGAGGUUGACAGUGGGAGAGCGGGGGGAGCAGGGGGAGCGCUGAUGGCGCUGAGUGAGUUUGAGAAGCAUGCGCAGUGCCGGUCCAAGAAGUGGAAAUCGUCUGUGUUGCUGCAGGGCGCUGAGAAAAAAACCACCCUCUUUGCCUGGCUACAGGCAUCUCACGAGGCGGGGGUGAGAGGCGUCACUUUCUACAGGGACCCUCCCCCUCACCUCCUCCCUAUCCUUGCUGUUCCCCCUCGUCCCUUCUCCUCCCCUCAGCUCCAGGCAUCCCACGAGCUCCAGGCAUCCCACGAGGCGGGCGUGAGAGGCCUCUUGUUCUACGAGGACCCUCCGCCUCUCCUCCUCCCUCUCCUUGGUUCGUUUCCCCUCCUCCAACACUCCCCCCCACCCCGCCCCCCACAGCUCCAGGCAUCCCACGAGGCGGGCGUUAGAGGCCUCUUGUUCUACGAGGACCCUCCGCCUCUCCUCCUCCCUCUCCUUGGUUCGUUUCCCCUCCUCCAACACUCCCCCCCACCCCGCCCCCCACAGCUCCAGGCAUCCCACGAGGCGGGCGUGAGAGGCCUCUUGUUCUACGAGGACCCUCCGCCUCUCCUCCUCCCUCUCCUUCGUUCGUUUCCCCUCCUCCAACACUCCCCCCCACCCCGCCCCCCACAGAUCCAGGCAUCCCACGAGGCGGGCGCAUCUCACGAGGCGGGCGUGAGAGGCCUCUUGUUCUACGAGGACCCUCCACCCCGCAGCCGCCCGGGGAACCGGCAGCAGGGAAUCAUAUCCACACUGCGCAGUGCGGGCGGCAGCAGCGCGGUCGCAGGUGCAAUCGGAGGAGUGGGAAUGGGUGCAAUCAGAGGCAGAGCCGGUGCAAAGGCCUUAACGGAUCCGCGGGGAGGGGUGGCGUGGCUGGAAAAGGCUUUAAGUGAGCCGUACGAGGGGGUAGAAUACAAAUGGACGUCGGAGCGGUGUGCUGUGUGCAACAGUGAUGAAGACUCGGAUGCGAGUCGCAUGCUCGUGUGUGUCAAGUGCGAGAUGGGCGUGCAUGAGGAGUGUUAUGGGAUCGAACCCUUCCCGGGGUCGCCAGGUAGAGCCGCUGGUGCUGCUGGUGCCGGUGGUGCUGGUGCAGGUGGUGGUGGUGCUGACACGGAUGCUGGUGAUGCUGCUGCAGGAAAACCAUCGCUUUCCUCUGCUGCGUUUGGCAUGUCGUGGCUCUGCCGCUGCUGCGCCCGCUCCUCGAACCCCACCUCUGAUCCCAGCAUUCCCAGCAAUACCAGCAACCACAUGGUUGCUAGUGGGAAGGCAGAGGCUGACACAGAUCCACUCACAGCAGCGGGCGGCAAAGGCAAGGCCAAGGGCAAGAGCAAGGGCAAGGGAAAAGGCUCUGAUACCAUGGCGCUAGUGAGUUCGGGUAACACAGGAGUGGGAGGGGGAUCCGUUGCAGGGUUGAGCAGAGGAAGAGGCUUGGGCACAGGAGAAACCAGAGCAGGGGCGGAAGAGCAGGGGAUGGAGGAGGAGGAGGCGGAGAUUCGGAGGGAGUGCUGUCUAUGUCCUGGCGAGGGAGAGGUGCUGGACGGCAUUCAGCUCGUGGAUCCAGAGCGGUUCAAGCUGGUGAGAAGCGGUGACAGCUGGUUAAACGUAGUGUUGCCCGUUUCUAUGGUGAUGCUGUCUGGUGGUGGUGGUGGUGAUGCUGACGAUGCUUGUGUCUCCCCGUUUUGCUCCCGCAUUGCCCGACUGUUGCCCGACCGCACACCCAUCCCUCUCAGGCGUGUUGCAUCUGCCGCCAGCCUAUUUUUUAGUCGACUCAAAAAUACUGUUCCCCCUGCCCCCUCCUCAGGCGUGCUGCAUCUGCCGCCAGCCGCGUGCUGCAUCUGCCGCCAGCCAUACGGCGCGUGCAUUCAGUGCGACGGGCCGCGGUGCCUGGUGGCAUACCACGUGGUAUGUGCGAUGAAGGCGGGGUGGAUCAUGGAUGUGGUUCCUGAUGACACAGGCCAGCUGCUGCGCUGCACCUUCUGCCCCAAACACAGGGAUCCGAAUCCUGACCUUGCUGUGAUUGGCCCUGCUGCCCUUGCGGCCGGCAAGAGGCUGAUUGAGCGAGGGGGGAGGCUGAGGAAACGCACUGGCAUCACUGGGUUUCCUGCCAUAGGCGCGGGCACUCUCAAGAGUGACUCCCUCAAACCGGAUGGGGAGAAGGACAGAGAGGGGAAAGAGAGCAGGGAUGGCAAGGAUGGGAGGGAGGGGAGAAAGGAGGGAGAGGGGAAGAGAGGGGGUGUGGAGAAGGGGAAAGGGAGGGGGAGGGAGGGUGAGUUGGAGGGCGAGGAAUGGGGCGAGGAGGAGAGGGGUGAGAAGGUCAAGAGGCGGAAGGGGAGUGGAAAGAUGAAGGGAACAAGAUGUGGUGAUGGUGCUGUGGGAGUUAAAGAUGGUGGUGAGAAUGGUGUUGGUUCGAACGCGAGUAGUGAUGUGAUUCUAAUGGGUGAGGAGGAGGGAGACGGAGACGAGGAGGAGGUGAGAGUGGGGGAUGGUAGUGGUGGAGAAGUGAGAGGAGGGGUGGAGGGUGGGGAAGAAACGCGAGGGGACCAGGAUAGUGAAGAGGCAAGAAGUGGCGAGGGUGGAGAUGGGUUGAGAGUGGGACAGAGUGGUGGUGAGGUGUCAAGGGAAGAGCUUGGUGGAACCUCGGGCAAGAAUCAAGGAGGGAGGAAAACAGACCGAGGGGAGGGUGCUGAUGGUGUUGAAGCUAAGGAGGAGCAAGGGAAGGAGGGGGGGCAGGAGGGGGAGGAGGAAGAAGAGGACGAGGGGUCUGAGAGCGAUACGCCAGAGGAGGCACCUGUGGCCACGUCUAGAGCCGAGCGCAUGAAAGUUGUGCGGGCGACGGCAUGGCAGAGAGUCACGUUUGGGCGGUCAGCCAUCCAUGACUGGGGGCUGGUGGCCAGGCGACACAUAGAGGAGGGCGAGAUGGUGGUGGACUAUCGAGGGGAGGCGCUGAGGCGGAGUGUGGCAGAGCUGAGGGAGAAGCGAUACCGAGACAGAGGGGAGCUGUGCUAUCUGUUCAAGGUGGACGAGGAACGAGUGGUUGAUGCCACCAUGGCCAGCAACUACGCCAGAAUGAUGAACCACUCCUGCAACCCCAACUGCUUUGCCAAGAUCUUUGACGUUGAGGACAAGAAUGGCCACCCGAGCGCGAUCAUCGUCAUCAUUGCUCGCCGCCCAAUUCGCAUGGGAGAGGAGCUAACCUACGGCUACCAUUUUGACCGGGAGGAGAAGGACCGAGUGCUGUGCCGCUGCUGUGCCGCCCAGGUGACUUGUAAGUGGACUCAAAAGACACUUUUCCCUUACGCCCUUCCCCCUCCCCUCCCCCCAUGCAGGUACGACUAUCGGUUUGACCGGGAAGAGAAGGACCGAGUGCCGUGCCGCUGUGGUGCCGCCACCUGUCGCUCCUUCAUGAACUGA